AAAGGACCAGAACAGAGAACAGAAUAACUAGAAGGGGGAAAAGAUGAACAAAAUCUUGCAAACCCCUCUGUCGAUUGGGAUGUGAAGUCCUCUUGAUAUUCAUCGAAUUCUAUUUCUGCAAAUUCAUUCAUCGAAUGGCUUUUCUUGGAUCCAACAUCCCCAGUGAGGUUGGGUUGCGGUCGCUUCUCUGCCCUCUUGGUUCUAAUGUUGUUAUCCGAACAGCUUGCUGUUCAGUAGGGAUUGUUUUACCUGUAUACUCUACAUUUAAGGCUAUUGAGAAGAAGGAUCAAAAUGAACAACAGAAGUGGCUUUUAUAUUGGGCAGUAUAUGGAUCUUUUAGCCUUGCAGAGGUUUUUUCAGACAAAAUUAUCUCCUGGGUUCCAAUGUACUACCACAUGAAGUUUGCAUUUCUUGUUUGGCUUCAGGUGCCAUCUGCAGAAGGGACUAGGCAAAUGUAUGUGAACCAUCUGCGUCCAUUCCUCUUGCGGCAUCAAGCUAGACUUGAUCAAAUAGUGGGCUAUACGUAUGGUGAAAUGGUUAAAUUCAUCAAUGCACACCAAUCAGAAUUCCAGUUUGCUAGGGCAGUGAUCAUGAAUAUCGUGGCAUCAGGCAACAAAGUUUUGAGGAAUAUUGUUCACCCAGCCAAACGAGGAGGGCACAGAGCAAUAGAAGGCCCAACGAGUCAAAUGGAAGAUUCUAACACAGAUCUUGACAAUUAAAGCUCCCCUUGUUCUUUGUAAACAAGCAUCGUAGUUCAGUAGGGCUUUUUGUAGGGUCAGGAAACUACAUUGGUACAAAUGAUGUAAAUAUGCACUCUCUAAAUGCCUCUGUAAGCACACGAUGGUGAAUAUUCUCUUGCAAGCACACAUUUUAUUUGUUCAUCAUUGCUCUAAUCUUAUUUUGAAGCCAAUGGCUAGCUAUUAGUGAUUUGCUUCUGAUCUAGUUGUGCUAGUCUAUCUGGACAAACAAGAUCCGGUUUGGAAGCC